AUGGCUCGCGGCAAAGCGAAGGAAGGCGAUGGCAACUGGAAGAAAUUCAUCUGGAACUCGGAGAAGAAGGAGUUUCUGGGCAGGACCGGCGGCAGCUGGUUUAAGAUCCUUCUCUUCUACCUGAUCUUCUAUGGCUGCCUGGCAGGCAUAUUCAUUGGGACCAUUCAAGUGAUGUUGCUCACUAUCAGUGAAUUUGAACCCAAAUAUCAGGAUCGAGUGGCACCCCCAGGACUGACAGUAAUCCCCCGAGUACUAAAGACAGAAGUUUCCUUUCGUAUUUCUGAUCCUAAAACUUAUGAAGAGUAUGUGGCAGGCCUUAACAAAUUCUUGAAGAGCUACGACAAUGAUCAACAAGACAACAGUAUAGACUUUGACAAUUGCCCUGGUAAGCAGAAAAACCGAGGACCAUUUAAUAAUGACCAAGGUCAGAAGAGAGUCUGCAGGUUCAGACGUGAUUCUGGAAACUGCUCCGGGAUGCUUGAUUCCAGCUAUGGAUACAAAGAUGGAAAACCAUGUGUUGUCGUCAAGCUCAACAGAGUUCUAGGCUUCAAACCAAAGCCUCCAGCAAAUGACAGCCUCCCUCCUGAGAUGAUGGGAAAAUACAAUCCAUAUGUCCUCCCUGUCAUUGCUUUGCUAAGGUAAGUGGGAAAGAGUAAAGAGGAAGACGUUGACAAAAUCGGCACCAUUGAAUAUUAUGGGAUGGCUGGCUAUGCUGGCUUUCCUCUACAAUAUUAUCCAUACUAUGGCAAGCUGCUUCAGCCAAAAUAUCUCCAGCCUCUCAUGGCAGUGCAGUUCACUAACCUGACCUAUGACACGGAAGUGCGUGUGGAAUGCAAGGUCUACGGUGAGAACAUCGGUUACAGUGACAAAGACCGUUUUCAGGGACGUUUUGAAGUGAAAUUUGACAUAAAGAGCAGCUGAUCAUAAGCACAAUUUUCUUUUCUCCCCUCCUAGCCAUUUAAAAAGUAAAAAAACAAACAAAAAACCUACU